AGGACUGACUCAAGUACCAGAAGGCCACCUGAUGGGUAUGAAUAUGCCACAAGGUCUCACGCCUGCUCCUGCAUCCAUGACCAUCCCGAUGGCGCAUUCCUCACGGCCGACGUUGGGGUUCCCCCUCGGCACGGCGCUCCUGCUCCUCGUCAUCUUCUCCCUCAGCGGCAUCUUCUCGUGCUGCUAUCACUGGGACAGGCUCCGCUCCCUCCUCUGGUCUCGGCAUCCCGGCAUGCUCCAGGAAGGCCCACACACCGUCAUCUCAAUUGGAUCGGCGCCGAGCAAGGCUGCCUCCGAGCACAAGAGCGAGAAAGCAGGAAAGGAGUGCGGGUUGCCCGUGAUCAUGCCAGGGGAUAACAUCGCGAAGUUCUACGCGAGGCCCUGCCCGCACGAGGCGUGUUUAGCUGCAGCAGCAGCAGAGAAGGGCGAAGUCGAGGUGCAAGUCAGAUGUUCAGUUUCGUGAGACCGUCAGUAUCUGUAUAUGAAAUCGUAGUUAGGUGCUAGCGACUUAUGAUUGAUAGAUAGAUUGUAUAUACGCGAGCGACUUAUGAUUGAUGGAUUGAUUGUGUACUAGCAUGCAUUUUGACAGUUUUUCAGAAAAGAGGGGGAAAAAUGAGAACCUUUCAUGUGCAGAUAUGCAACCCGAAUAGUCCAGAAAAGGCGAUUUUGGUGUCAACAAACUAGCUGAAUAUUUAUUUUUCUUGUCAUGGAA